AUGUCGUCUUAUCGCCGGCGCAGUGGGCACAACGGCCCUCAACAGCCAUACAGACCAUAUCAUGCCUCACAACAAGAUGAUUUCUACGAUGACCGGUCGAGGUCACGAUCCCGAGAACGCAGACAGAGCUCCCCUCAGAAACGAAGUCCUCCACACGCCGACCACCAAUCGGACCGUCUCAGGGAGAAUUCCAUUUUCGUGGUCGGGCACGGAGUCCAGAUCGAAGACGUGACCGCAGCUAUGACAGGCGCAACCGGUAUUAUGAUGAUGAUCGCAGCUCGCCCUCUCCUCGCCGAGGUAGAUCUGCGUAUUAUGACCGAGACGACCCUCGCUCCGGUUCACGAGACUACCGCAGUCGAAGUCGAAGCAGAUAUCGGACCUCCUCAGACGAGAGACCACCGAGUCGGGGCGCUCCAAGCAGGGAAAUUAUGA